GGCGGCGUUUGCGACGUAUGAUUUGUUGAGGAGGCCGGCUUACGCUAUUCCGUUGUGUAUUGUUUUUUUUUUUUUUUUUCUCCUGUCCCUUUGUUAUUCGUUGAGGGGGGUGAAGGGCUGAUGUGAGGUGAUAGUGAUCAACUUGACUGGAUCGGUGUGGUUUUUUUUGUUGAUUGGGGGGGCUGGUAUGAUACUUCUUUCCCCCCAAUUCGGAUUAGGGCUGAUGUAGGGUGUGAUAGAAUUGAGUUUGGCGGUCCCGAUCAUCAACUCGUUGGCCUUCUUGUUUACGGUUUUGGGAGAUUGGUUGGCGGAUGGGAAGAGGGUUCAUAGAGGUUUGCGUUCCUCUCAUGUAGUUUUGGGUUGUGGGAUAGAGGACUAAUGGGAAGGGGGGUCGAUGUAAUAGAUACUUGGGUUGGAAUGGUGUUGGUGCUUGGGGGGAUUGGACUUUGCGUGCAUAGCAAGCAGUGAAGGAAGUAAGUAAGUAAUAAGUAAGAGAGGGAGAGAGGAAAGAGAAUUGCGGGAUACAUAUAUAUAUAUCAUGCCCUGUUUCAAGAUUGGGAUUCCACAAUAAGAUAGACGGGUAUCAUCUAGAUUUGGAGAGGGAUAUUCUUAAUCAUCAUCAAUCGCAUCAAACAAG